AUGGCAACGACGACGGAUUUACAGCAGCCUUUCAAGGUAAUCAUCGCCGGCGGGUCGGUGGCUGGCCUCACGCUGGCCAACAUGCUCGAGCGGGCUGGUAUCGACUUUGAAGUGCUCGAGAAGCGAGAGGUCGCACCGCAGCUCGGCCAGUCGAUUCUUGUCCUGCCUUGCACCAACUUGAUCCAUGCGCAACUGGGCCUCAAGAAGCCGACAGAGCAGGGCGCAAUCCCUAUAGGUGUACGAGACCACUGGGACGACAAGGGAAAAUUAUUCUGCUCCUCGGAUGAGUUGAUUCAGCUCGCGCGCGUUCAGAAGCAGCCUGUAUACUUUAUAGACCGCAAGAUAUACCUCCAGAACAUCUAUGAUGGACUCAGCCCGGCAUCCAAGUCCAAGGUCCGGGCCCAAGAAGGUAUCGAAUCGUACACGGAGCACGAAAACGGCGUAACAGUCCGGACAGACAAAGGCAAUAUCGUCGAGGGCAGCAUGCUGGUCGGCGCUGACGGCGUGCACAGCGCCGUGCGACAUCUCAUGGCACAAGCGAUCCAGGAGACAGACCCGAAGAGGGCGGCGAUCUUGACCACUGGCUUCAGGACAAGAUACCGCAUCCUCACGUGCACCUCAAACAACUACUUUGCCAAUGAUCCCAAGCGUCAAUUCCUCAAGGACGGCAUGACCAACAACACGUACUACCCCGAGCACGGUGUUGGAGGUUUCACAGUGUCUGGAGUCGAGGGAAGAAUCUUCUGGGCCAUUUAUAUCAACAAUGGCGAUGAGAAGGCCUACCCCAGCGCAAAAUAUGGCCAGGCGGACAUUGACGAAGCCAUGAAGAAAUGGGGUCACCUCCACCUGAACCCCGACUACACCUUCAACGACCUCUAUGAUAGCCUGCUGGGCGCCAACAUGCUGUCCAUGGAGGAGGGUGUGCUGCCGACCAAGUGGCACUCGGGCAACCGGACCGUCCUGAUGGGCGAUUCGGUGCACAAGGCGACGGCAAACCUGGGCAUGGGCGGCAACCUGUGUGUCGACGACGCCUGCCGCCUGACCAACGAGCUCAACACGCUGCUCCAGCACAACCCGCAGCCAUCGACGGCCGACCUGGUAAAGGUCUUUGAUACCUAUGACCGCUCGCAGCGCGCCCGUGCCGACUUUGUCUGCAACGCGUCGGCCGUCUUUGCCGGCUUUGAGACCAUGAGCAAGUGGUACGCCAAGCUGGUCAAGCUCGUCUUCCCCCUGGUCCCUUCGUCGCUCAAGAUGCGCGUCUUUUCCAUCUUUGACAGCGGUGCGCCUGUGCUGGAUUUCCUGCCCCUGCCCAAGGAAGCUGCUACUGCUACUGCUUAA